CUGCACCCCUACGCUUCACGCCUCUUCCGAAACCCAAGCACACAAGCGCAUACGACUAUGGCUACUUGCUGUGCUGAAACUCAUUGAUAUCAUUAAACGACCGCACCUGCGGUGUGUGUCUAACAGUUUCCCCGCGGAGGUCUUUCCAGCACCAUGCCUGCGCCGCGCAGAAUCGUGCGGACGUCGGUCCAGCUCGGUGUGCUCGCAUCCGCAGUCUUCCUCCUCGUAUUGUUCCUCGAUAGUCGCUACAGUGUGCUCCCACAGGCUGUGCACAACCACCUCCCGCUGCACCACGAGGGCCUCGUAAUCACCGACAUUACUAUACAGACUUGCUCAUCCCUGAAUCCGAUUUCCAAAUGCCAGCUCGAUCAAGAACUAUGGCACCGCGUGGAGAAAGACUUGUACCUGGGUACAGGUUGGGUGUCCAAGGCAUAUGUUCACAUCAAGCGCAAGAAGGAGGAGGAGCUCACAGAUGAGGACAAAGUAAUCGUGGACGUGCGCACAGGAAAGCUGGAUCCUGCUAUGGGCGACAAGACGCAAGCAUCCGAGAAAUGGGAAUCGCGCCCUGCAGGCAUCUGGAUCAAGCGAUCAGCCAAGCGGCACGCAAGCGAUUCGAAGAAGACCAUAACAGCGGUAGAUGUGCUGUUCGGCGCAGAUGCGACAGAGUCUCGUCCUGGAUGGCAGCUGGUCGCCAACGGAGCCAUACACCUAGAUACCGGCGGUGACGACAAGGUGCCGCAUUUGUCAAUUCGUAGGGGACAACCGGAGGCGGUCAAGAAACCUGUGCCUAGAAUCACCAAGGACGGCAAGUUCAAGAUCAUGCAGAUUUCAGAUCUGCAUCUCAGCACUGGCAUACGACCUUGCAGAGACCCCGAGCCAAAGGAUUACAACGGCGGACAUUGCGAUGCCGACACGAGGACUAUGGAGUUUGUGGAGAGAGUGCUGGACGAAGAGAAGCCUGACAUGGUGGUCCUCUCUGGCGAUCAGGUCAACGGUGGUACGGCACCCGACGUUCCCAGCGCACUCUUCAAAAUUACCGCCGUCUUGAUCGAGCGCAAGAUCCCGUACGCCGCCAUAUUCGGCAAUCAUGAUGACGAAGGGGUAAUCAGCCGCGGCAUCCAGAUGCAACUCUACGAAUCGCUUCCAUACUCGCUCUCCGAAGCUGGGCCCACCUCCAUCGACGGCAGCAUGGGCGUCGGCAACUACUUUGUUGAAGUGCUCGCUCACGGCGCGAAUAAACACUCUGCUCUCACGCUCUACUUCCUCGACACCCACGCCUACUCCCCGGACGAAAAGAAGUUCAAAGGCUACGACUGGCUCAAGCCGAACCAAAUACAGUGGUUCAAGAAAGCCGCCGAUAGUUUGAAAGAAUCGCAUAUGAAGUACACGCACAUACACAUGGACAUGGCCUUUAUUCACAUUCCUCUGCCAGAAUAUAGCAUUGUAGAGAACGAAAGGCUUGGUCAAUGGAAAGAGCGCGUUACAGCACCCCGCUUCAACACACAUUUCAAGGACGCCUUGGUGGAACAAGGCAUCAAAGUCGUUUCCUGCGGCCAUGAUCACGCGAACGAUUACUGCAUGCUCUCGAAGAAUCAGCAGAGCGACCCGGAGCUAUGGAUGUGCUACGCUGGCGGGAGUGGCUUUGGAGGAUACGGUGGAUACGACGGCUACCACCGACGAAUCCGCGUGUUCGAAGUGGAUACCAACCAAGCGCGAAUAUCUACGUGGAAGCGGCUGGAAUACGGCGAUAUUGCUUCUCGGCUCGACGAACAGAUCAUUGUGGAUGCAGGGAGGUUGCUGCCGCUGCAAAGUCAGUAGCUGGAUGUGUUACUGUCCCUGAUACUGGUGUUCAGGUUCCGGGGGGUCUUCCACGGCUGCUGGGGUUGGGAAUAUUUAUACCACAUAGCGAGGCGUUAUGGUACUUUUGGGUUGGUUGCGCCUUGCUUGGGAUUGUUAUCAGCCGUUUUUGAAUUAUUUUGGGCUGCAGUAUAUCGUCGAAAAGUCAUGAGCGCUGACUUGCCCCAGGAGGAGCAAUGGGGUGCCCACACUCCCAAGUCUCGUGGUGCAGGUAGCUUGUCGUUGCUAGUGUCAUUAGGCUUAUGCCCUCUCACGAUCUAUCUUACAUAUCUUAAA